CUAUAUAUAGUCUACUUACAUAUAGUUAUUGGACUAAGGGUUGCAUACAACCCUGAGACAAGACAAGACAAGACAAGACAAGAGACUACUCGACUCCCUAGAAUCCACUACCUCUUAUUUUUUAUACAUAACUACAUACUACCAACCUAUCUCUCUUGUCUCUUCUUUAUUUAAUCUAAAUUCAGAAACCUUAACUUAAUUCUUUUCCACCGACUCGUCAUCUCAUCGUGUCUCUCUUUUCUCUUCUUCUUUUAACCAGCAGCUGGUCUGUGUCUGCAUGUAAUGGCAUCUGGAGCCAUCGUCCAACAACACGCGCGCGACUCAUCUAGCAACGCCUCGACGAACUCCAAUCCCUUACUAGACCUACUCACCAACUCCCUCGUCCUACACCAAAUUAUCCCCUACCUACCUAUCUCGAGUAUUGUCAACCUUGCCGCGACUUCGCCGUCAUUCCGCGAUCUGCUUUUAUACCGCACCUCCGGCGUCUUCCGACACCUCGACCUAACCCGAGUUAAGAUCGAUCAUGGCAGUGAGAUCUGGCCCAACGUCCAGAUUGACGAGAACAUAACCGAGGACGAUUUCUACUCGGGUCCUCUACGCACCAUCUUCCGGAACAUCCGCCGACGCGAUAUUUUACACCAGGUCCAAACCCUCGUCCUCGACGGUCUCUCCGUUACCGCCGAGUUCUGUAACGAUAUCCUUGUCGACCCCACCUUGCGUGUGCGCAUUCUCUCCAUCCGCGAUGUGAAGAACCUCAACGAACGCAAGCUGAUGCAAAGCUUGCGCUACGCUUGUCGAUCUACGCGGCCCGACGACACGCCUCGACUGAAGGCAUUAUACGUAUUCGGAACGAAGGACGCUCCCGCGCGAUCUAUCCCGUUGAUAGCUAGACAACAUGGCGCCGCUCGGAGAGGUGCUAAGAUUAGUAUUGGUUGGAAUCAUAAAUCUCAACAUGCGCUGAACGAGUCUAUCCAGAGCGAAGGAGACGAUUGGUACCAUAAGAAGGGCCGCAUCAUAGGAAAACAUAUCACGGACGGCUGGGCUGAGACACUCCUUGACUGUCGGGAAGUGAUCAAGUUCGACGCUGUGCUCUGCACAAGCCCUCGUCAUCAGAAUUCAUCCGCCUUUGGAAAGGUACCAGUUACGCCGCGUGGAGUAGCAUCUGGCACCGAGAGUCCAUGGAACGUUGCUACUUUUGCACUAGGCGGAUGUGCGUCCUGCGGGACCGCACCGGAGGGUUUUACGGUGUACGGAGACUCUCCGUCGGAGGAGUUACCUCUACUGGCACCUGUUCCGCUUCAUUCGUCGACUAUCAAAGCAGCAACUGUCCCGAAGCCAAACUUUAGAUCCGAAGGGACGGAGGGUGCGCAUAAAUUCAUCCCGAGAUGUCUGGAAUGCAUUCGCGAGCGGUACUGCUUCAGCUGCGACCAGUGGUGGUGCGAGGCCUGCUACCAGGUACCGAGCCGUCAAGAGCUAAGUGGCCAGCUCGUGCACAUCGUCGGUCAGACCCACGGCAUAGCCGAGCAUGAAUCGGCAGCUCUUGAGCCGUCUAACGUCAAGGUACGGAACGGUUACUGUCCUAAUUGCUACCCAACAUCCGCAGAGGCAAAGCCAGGAGUUCGGAACCCCUUUCCGCCCUGAGUGGUUGCGAAGCGGCCAUACAGGCGGGAAAUAUACCUAGUAUUAUCCCAUGACCCUAGUUCGUGUAGGGAUAGCGAGAGUGGAUAUCAACUGCUUUCGGUCAUCCCCGGAAAUUGUAUGCGGCGAUAAUCCCCAGACGCAAAUAUACUUUCUCCUUAAGAGUCUCAUUGUGUGGAAGCUUUACGAACCCCCUUGCUAACGAUGCUUGGCUCUAGAACCCCGAGAUCCCUAAGAUCAAACGGAGCUGUUGGGAGUGCGAACACAACGUAUGUUUCUAUGGUUUCCCCUUGUAUAGGACCUCUGAUACUUACUCACAAAUUUCAGUGUCUAGAUUGCAUCGCCAAUAC